AUGAAUGCAUUUCAAGCCCUCCUAGAAAAAGGAGCUGUAAGGCAAAUCACUAACUUUGGUAUGGCUAGAAACGAAGGAGAUUACAUGUUGGUUGCUCACAAGCAUAAGAUAAAUUUCUACAAAACAACCACAAUUCGUGUAUCAAUUCCUUUUCUUGAUAGGAUUGAUCCUUUUAAUUUUUUGAGUUUUUAUGAUCUGAUAGCCAUAAAUGUUGACACUUUUGUUGCAUUUGAAGAUUACUACCUCUGUUUUCCAAUCAAAAACAUUGAUGAUAUUCCAGAUUACAAUGAGGUAACUAAAAACGGUGAUGAUAAUGAUGGUGAACCAUUUAAUUGUAAUGGUUGCGGAGGAGUUUCUGAUGUAUUCCGCAAGGUAAGGGUCGUAAUACGUGUUCAAGAUGAAACUGGGUCUGCUUCUUUUGUAUUGGUUGACCGUCAUGUUAAAGAUUUUAUUCACCGCAAUAAUCAUUGGUUGAUGGAAAAGAAAUCAAAGAUUUCAAAGUUUAAUCUCGAGAACAUUUAUCACGCCUACACCGUUCAUAAGAUGACUGAUGAUGAUCUUGUAGUUGGUGCAGUUUUCAAACAUUCACGUGCAUACGAAGAAAACAAUAUUCAGUCUGAUGGUACUCGUAUCAACACGUCUAUUAAGGUCACCAAUAGACAGGUACGAUGA